UAUUACUAUCCGAUGUUAAUACGACCAGAAAGUGCAAAUUCUGGUUGCGAUGCCAGUGGUAAUGAAUUUGCAUCUGUAAUAGAAGCUGAAGAUGACAACACACAUUGUUCCGACGAGUAUACUGAUGGCUUCGCCAACGAUGAAAUCGUGUUCCAAGUCGUUCACAUGACAACUCUGACAGUGCUGGUUGCGCGGCUGACAAAGUGGAUGGUGCUGAAGUUCGCAGAUCUGAAAGGCUUUUGGGGAAAACCCCACAGCUUUAUAACCUUUGUGCUUUGUGUUUCAGGUGAUCCUGAAUCGUUCGAGAAAGCAGUCGCUGGUGAUAAUUCUGAUGAUUGGAAGAAAGCUAUGAAAAGUGAAUUUGAGUCGUUAAUGGUUAAUGAGACUUGGGUGCUAGUUGACUUACCUCCUGGCCGAAAAGCAAUACCUUCAAAGUGGGUUUUCAAGACGAAACGGGUGUGGUGUUCCAAUUCGCAGAAAAGCUAGGCUAGUAGCCAAAGGGUAUGGUCAACGCUAGGGAA